UGGCCUAACAACACACGUCCCAUAUGUGUGAUGGACGGACAGAAUCGGCCCCAGUUGCAAUUCGUGGGUAUCAGCUAUCAGAGCGAUUGUAAGAUGGCACAGAAAACGCGCACUUUUCGGUAACCAAACUGCAUGUUGGGUUCGGUAGUGUACAUCUGCUGUGAUAUAUUACUAUCCGUCGGUCCUACAAGUGGUCCAGUAGUGUAAAUAUACGGAAAUAGGCGUUGAAAGCGAGAGUGUAUACUAAAAGGAGUAGAAAAUAUUCAUACUGAAGCGCUUCACGCUGACAAAAAAUAGCUCAUCGCGCAUAAGUGCCACCAUCUAUAUACUAACGUCAUCUGUGAUAUAUAUCUUCAUGACAUACUGUGUGUCUCUUGAAAAGUGUCUCGUUGUUGUUUGGGAUGUGUGAUUAGUGAAUGAAAGACAACGCGAAGCCUCAAGCCAAGAUAAGUCUGGUUGUCUGUCGCUAGUGUAUUUCCUUUGUCGUCGCUUUCAACCUACACAAUCCCUACCAUUGAUGCUAUCAUACUCGUCGAGAUGAUAGAUUGGGUUUCGAUAGUGCGUCAUUCACGCACCCGCAUUUCGAACUAUGUCUCGCCGAAACGUCGCUCCGAGCAACCGCACGGGCGGUUUAUGGCCUUCAGUGAUCCUCCGCACGUGCCGUUCCAGUCCAAAUCGAAAGCCAACCGGUUGAAGCAACAGGAGCUACAGCAACAGGAACAGCUAUCCAAACAACAGCAACAGCAGCAGCAGCAACAGAUUGAAGAGGAAGAAAAGGUGGUGCCGUCGAUCCUGGCUGAAACACCAUCGCCGUCCCGUUUCACGGGAACCAGAGUAAACACAUCAAACUCGAGUGAUUCAAAACAGCUCAAUGGCGAUUCCGUCUGGGAGUACGACGAUAUUGGCCUGGUCCGAGGAUCGACCGGACUCGGGUUUUCGAUAGCAGGCGGAACGGACAAUCCGCACAUCAACCUGGAUGCGUCGAUCUACAUCACCAAAGUGAUCCCGGGCGGUGCGGCGUAUGCCGACGGGCGGCUACAGGUCAACGAUUGCAUCGUGGCCGUUAACGAUAUGAACGUGGUGAACGUAACCCAUGGCGAAGCCGUGGAUGCCCUCAAGAAAGCCGGCGAAAGGGUAACGCUGCACAUACGAAGGAAACGACCCCCGGCUCAGGCUCCGAAGCAGGAGGAAAUCGAACUCUUCAAAGGCACCAAGGGUUUGGGCUUCUCGAUUGCCGGCGGAAUUGGCAAUCAGCACAUCCCGGGUGACAAUGGAAUCUACGUGACGAAGAUCAUGGAGGGGGGAGCGGCCCACGUCGACGGCCGACUUGCGGUCGGUGACAAGCUGAUCGGAGUGCGAACCAGCGAAGGGGAGCGGAAUCUCGAGAAUGUGGUCCACGAAGAGGCUGUGGGCACGCUGAAAGCAAUCACCAACAAGGCGACGCUGAUCGUGCAGAAGACCAACAUCCUGCAAGCGUUGGCCAACUCGAUCAACAACCUUAACUCGCUGUCCACCAGCGCAAUGAACCAGGUCGGACAGAGCGUGGUGGAUCAUGCGGUUUCGGGCGGCGAGCUGCGGUCCCAUUCGCCCAUGAUGGACAACUCCUCGUCGCGGUACGCGUCGUCGAAUCUGCUCGAAUCGGGCCUACCGGUGGGAACGCCGCGGGCGGUUAGUCAUGAGGAUAUUUCGAGGGAACCUAGGACAAUUGUUAUUCAAAAGGGCCCCUCCGGGUUGGGCUUUAAUAUUGUUGGCGGUGAAGAUGGACAGGGUAUUUUUGUGUCAUACGUGUUGGCUGGCGGUGCGGCCGAUCUGGGUGGUGAGCUCAAACGAGGCGACCAGCUUCUCAGCGUAAACGGUGUAAGCCUUGCCGGAGCAUCCCACGAGCAGGCCGCUGAAGCGUUGAAGAAUGCCGGUGGCACCGUUACUUUGUUGGCACAGUAUCGCCCGGAAGAAUACAACCGGUUCGAACAGCGGAUACAAGAACUCAAACAGCAGGUUGUGGCCGGUACCGGAACUUUGCUGAGAACAUCACAGAAGCGGACACUUUAUGUGCGAACGCUGUUUGAUUACGACCCGAAUCGGGACGACGGGUUGCCGGGCCGUGGACUACCUUUCCGGCACGGUGAUAUCCUGCAUGUAACGAAUGCCUCGGAUGACGAGUGGUGGCAGGCGCGGCGGGUGAUUGGCGACGACGAGGAAGAGAGCAUCGGAAUUGUUCCGUCGAAGCGACGGUGGGAGCGGAAACAGCGGGCACGCGACCGGAGCGUCAAGUUCCAGGGCCACGCCGGAGGAAAUGUGGAAAAGAUGUCUACCCUCGAUCGCAAAAAGAAGAACUUUUCCUUCUCGCGGCGAUUCCCAUUCAUGAAGAGCAAGGACGACAAGAACGAGGACGGUUCGGACCAGGAAC